CUGGGACGCGUUGACGAAUACUCAUCUCGUUGCACACCUCGCGACCUCGCCCUCUUGACACUGCGUCCUCGCUUAUCACGUAUCGCUUAUCGAUAAAUAUCGAUAUUAUUACAUGUAACGGUAUAUAAAUAACGUUAUCACUGAUAAUUGCGUCAGUCAUGCUUGCGUCCUUGAGCUACACAAAAAGAUUCUGGCUUAUCAGUACCAAUUGAUAGGGACUUCGGAAGUAUCCGUCAGCAGGUGUUAGUUUAGUACGUGUAGAAUUGUUUUGUUUACUCGGAUUCGGUGUGGGCUGUGAUUAUGGUGCGCUAACCGCGGUGUUGUUCUUGUGGGUGGAUUAAUUCAGAAGUCCGCCUCGCGAUUGGCCCAACAUGGAUAGGACAAUGUACGGCAAGGUGCUGCCAGGCACUUAUUACCCGUUCCGCUGCGCUAUGAAGGAGAACGGAAUUUCGCCGGGCUAUGCCCUGCUAGCGGACCUCCAGAAUUCUAUAAAUCCGGGACGAGUAAGCAGUCCGGUUGGCAGGACCAGUUCGCCGGGCGGCCGGACUAGUUCCCCGGGCCGGACCGGGUCACCACUCGGCCGGGGCAGCUCUCCUGGCCGGUUAAGUUCACCAGGAGGAAGUCUCAGCUCACCCACCUCGACUGGAUACGGCUCCAUCAAUGGCUCGAGGAACAUCAGCUCGGAUUACGCUAAACCUUCAUCGCCCACCUACCAGAACACAACGACAGUCCACGAAAAAAUAGCACCAGCAAAAUACACGACAAGCUAUGGACACUCGCCUGGUUACACCAGCCAGUCACCUGGCUAUAACAAUCAGUCUCCUGGCUUCAACAACCAGUCCACUGGCUACACGACUAGGAGUGAAUAUACAAGUCACUCCCCUGGGAACACUAAUCAAGGGACAACUCGGACUGAAUAUACGAGUCAGUCCCCUGGGUACACUAGUCAGUCCCCUGGCUACGGCAGGACCACCGGUCGAGGGAACCUGUCAGAAUUAGACACGCUACUUGAUGACCUCAGUAACGCUAGAUACGGAAACUAUGUGGAGAAGAAUACGUAUACGGAUCGAAGUGAUGGAUACUCAAGAACAAACGGCGCCACGAGCCCAGCUUCCACGAGGCCCACUGUGGACUCCUUGCUUGACCAGCUUAGCACCGAUAUUCCUAAUGGUCGGGCAGCAUCAAUAUCGCCAGUGCCGCCGGCAUCCACAGCCGGCACCCUACCACGGCCCGGGACGAAGCAAGUCACCGUCACCGUACAAGAGACGGUGGUAGAACCUGCGCAACAGCCCCUACCACCGCCGCCGGCCUCCGUGGUCACCACAGUGCGUCAACACCACGCGUCAAGCGCUACUAAGGAGUUGGACGAUCUUAUGGCGUCGCUAUCUGACUUCAAGGUGAGCGGUGUAGGAGCAGCACCAGGAGGCGAAAGCGGGGUCCACGUCCACCGGGAGAAGCGAGCCUGGCAAGAGCACUACCGCAGCAACCCGCGACAGCCCGAGUCCGCCUCUCUGGAACAUAUGCUCGGAUCCCUCCGAGCAGACAUGAGCCGCCAAGGAGUACAAACCCCUCAAAAGGGAUGCUGCAACGCUUGCGAGAAACCCAUCGUCGGACAGGUCAUCACAGCUCUGGGCCGCACGUGGCACCCCGAGCACUUCACGUGCGCGCACUGCAACCAGGAAUUGGGAACGAGGAAUUUCUUCGAGCGCGACGGCCGGCCAUACUGCGAGCCAGACUACCACAAUCUUUUCUCGCCGAGAUGUGCAUACUGCAAUGGACCAAUUCUUGAUAAAUGCGUAACAGCGCUCGAAAAAACUUGGCAUACGGAGCACUUCUUCUGUGCCCAAUGCGGUCAGCAGUUUGGUGAAGAAGGGUUCCACGAGAGGGACGGCAAGCCAUACUGCCGCGCGGACUAUUUCGAUAUGUUCGCGCCAAAAUGCGGCGGUUGCAACAAACCGAUCAUGGAAAACUACAUUUCCGCCCUCAACACGCAAUGGCAUCCAGAUUGCUUCGUAUGCAAGGAAUGUCGCGAACCUUUCCAUGGCGGAUCAUUCUUCGAGCACGAAGGUCAGCCAUACUGCGAGACCCACUACCAUGGAAAACGGGGCUCCUUAUGCGCCGGCUGCCAUAAACCCAUCGCAGGCCGCUGCAUAACCGCCAUGUUCAGAAAGUUCCAUCCCGAACAUUUUGUUUGCGCGUUCUGCCUUAGACAACUGAAUAAAGGAACUUUCAAGGAACAGAAUGAUAAGCCCUACUGCCACGCGUGUUUCGACAAACUCUUCGGAUAAACGUCAAUAGAUGGCGCUAAUGAAUUCUUUAUUAUCUGUGGUUUUGAAGUUUUUGGACGAUAUUUCGUCAUUCUAUUUCUAACACCACGCAAGACACUUUUUUGGCGUUUUUAAUAUUUCGGAGCCAUUAUCGCUAGAAAAUCGAGAGAUUCGUCAUUUCGACCAGCCAGAAACAAGAAAACGUCUAACAGAAACUCUUAGGCUAAAACUAUCGGACGUGUCCGUAAGAUGCAGCUGCUAACAGUGAUAGAUAGGUGUGCACAGUCGUUUGGGACGCGGCUUGCGAGAUAUCUAUCGGGCGUCCGAGCGCUCAAGAUUACGUCCGAUAGUUGACAUAGUUCAGUAUACAUUUUAAUAUCCACCUAGAUAAUUAGUUUGCGGCUUUAAAGGAAUACAAAGCAACUACACAGUAUCCAUGACAACGACUCACCUCUGGAACCAGAAUUUUUUUUCGCUCUCCUGUAAAGUUGCAUUCUGACUUACGUGGUGUUAGAACUGUUGCAAGGCGCAUGCCGAUUUGCAAGAGCAUAAUUUUCAAUUAAAAAAUAGCCUUUAUUGUAAAUUAUAAAUAUAGUUAGCCAUUUACCGUCUAAGGAACAUGAAACGUAUUGUAAUACAGCGAUGCCUAAAUAAAGGAAUAAUAUUAUGUAAGGACAAUAUUAUUAUAAUAAAGCCACAUGCUUUGAAUAUAUUCAAGCAAAUCUCUUGAUAGUCACCAACAGAUGGCGCUGCAUUAUUUGAUUAUCUAUGUUCUGUGAAUUAACUAAAAUUCGAAAGUUAAUCUUUCUUAUUUAUAAAACACAAAAAAUGUGUCUAGCUACUGCCUGCCUAUGUCCGUCGUAUACUUUAAAACCAUCCAAUCGAUGUGCCCCAAACUGGUUUCAUUAGAAAGGCAAUAAUGCGAAUAAGGGUUGAGACCACUAAACAUUGCUUUAGGCACAUUCUUUUUUAGAGUAUCCGGCCGGGUAUUCGCUAAUAGCCUAUAGGUCUCUUACUCUAAAUAUUAAAUUCAAAUUCAAAUUCAAAAUAUUUUUAUUCAAUUAGACUUUUACAAGUUCU